AUGCAAAAAUGUAAUGCCAACUCCAACAUCUUGUCCGUUCUAAGUCUCCUCAAGGACCAUACCCCAGAGGAAACCGAGGAGCAGACGGCUAUUCCCUACCGUUGGUGUCUUGUGCUACCUCUCGCGGACGGUGGUUGUCUCAAGACUUUGCUCGGCGAUGUGCGGUCACGCAAGCUAGCCUUUCCUUUGGAUUUCAAAGACUUGAUUUUCAAGAAGCUAGUCAAGGCGGUAACUUUCCUUCAUAGCCACAAUCUUGUGCACCGCGAUAUCAAACCGGAAAACGUCUUGAUUGACGGUAACGGGGAGUUGAAGUUGACCGAUUUCGGCUAUGCCCUCGACUUAGGUGAGGGCGGUAGUGUCUCGGACCUUGCCCCGGCCAAGAUCAAUCUUGGUACCGUAUCGUACAAGUCCCCUGAAUUAUUCAACCCGCGGUACAGCGGUGCGGUCGCAAAGGACUCUGAUGUCUUUAGAAAGUUUGACUUCCGGGCUGUGGAUGUGUGGGCGCUUGGUCUUUCGUACUUGGUUAUCCAUUUCAUGAUGAAGCCAUGGGACGAGGCCAGCGCCGAGGAUCUAUACUACAAGGCGUAUGCCAGUCUUUACAAGUCAGAAGAAGUUGCGAAACAGUACAAAAAGCUUGUCAUGAACAAUGCGUUUGAAAAGUCUGCUGCGUUUAAAGCUGAUAAGCGGAAAUCCUUCGAGAUCUUUUGCCGAAUCAAAUCCAUGGAUACCAAGGAGGUUGUCAUCAGAAUGUUAGACCCGAUACCUUCCACCAGGUUUACCAUUAAGGAUGUUUCCAGAAGUAAGUGGUUGACCCAGUGUGUUGAUGACAACAAGGGGCUAAGCGACUGGGUUAAGAAGGCGGCUAGGGGUUAA